CCUUUUGUGUCUGUCCGCCGUCUAAGCUGCGGAGUUUUUUCCCGCCGCGCGGCCUUCUUGCCACCGUUCCGAACAUUGGCCGCACUCCCCGCGUUCCACCGCCACCUCCCCCCCCCUUGCUCUUGCCUCUCCACCCAGCCCUCCGCCACCCCCAACCCCCUCCCCCCCACACACGCACACUCUCCCGCAUCCUCCGCGAGCACAUGUUCAAGGUGGUGGAGGUCCGGGUCGAUGUGAAUGCCCGCACCCCCACACACCCACCCCCUCCCCUCUCCCUUCUCCAACCUUCCUCUGCAACAACGUCGCUGAUGCGUUGUUGGUCACAGCCGUGUUGGCUGCCACCUCGGACACACGUGCAGUGGAUGAGCAUGGUUGGGGGAUAGUAGGAUCGGGCAAGGGAAGGGGGGAAGGGAGGGGGUGCGUUGGUUGGUUGGUCCCGGCACCCACACUGCGCGUGGCUGUAGCGUUCCCCAUCGCCGGGACGGGCAAGGACCAGAACGGUGGGAAGCAGCGGGGUGGGGAAGCAGAUAUUGGUUGUUGUGUGACUUUGUGUGGUUGUGGGUGUGCCUGUGAGUGUGCCCAUGGUGGCUAUGGCACAAGUCGCACUUGAUGCAUGUGUAUGACGUGCCAAUGUUCCACAAUGAUGCGUUUUUGAGCGACUUGAUGAGGGAAGGCAUUCCAUAGAGUACUUACACCACUGCACUCUGCGACCACGCGACCUACGUACCGACGUGUGCGAUGCGGUCACCGGAUGCGGCGGAUGCAGACAGGGCUAUACUCUUUAACCGACCCGGAUCUCUAGUCGUUGACAACUCUUGUCCUCGUCCGCACACACCGCGCCGUGGCACUCGGUCGAUGUUUGCAGCGAGAGGCAACAUUGAUGUUCUCGCCACGUCGCAGACCGUCACACGACAUGAUGUGGCUCUGCCGCCAGACUCUGGCGGCAGCGUGAGCAGCGUUGAGGCGGCGCCAGCCGAGAAGCGGAGCGAGCGGACCAAGGCCCGGUCUGCCCCACUGCCGGUGGCGCGGUCCAAGUCUGGACGCUCGCUCAACGAUCGUGUGCGCAACAAGCUACAACUGCAGAUUCCUACCACCAUUGCUGUCGAGCCCAACUACGAGGCCGAACCGCAGCCAUUCAAAGCCAACUCGCGGUCUGCGCCGGUUCCGAUGGUGUCGACGCCUGUGGCGGCACGGAGUGGCAACGGUGCGGGUCCCGCGCCGCGCCCUCCGCUCCUGCAGGUCAAGCAUCUCGGAGCCGGCAAGGGAGCUCGUGGGCAGGCCGGCGGGAAGAGAGCAGGACUCAAGGCUGGCGGCCUCAACCUGCCAACGCUCACGACUCGCCAAGCUCAGCCGGUCCUCCCGUCGCCCACUCGCAAGUCGUCGUCGUCGCCGCAACUCUUUUCGGGCUAUCGACGCGAGACUGCUGGUGUCCCUGGUGGUGCUGCCGCUGCCGGCCCACCGGCCGGUGGCGGCGGCGGCCGGCCCAAGUGCAUGCCAUCGACCACCUUCCAUGACUUUGGUCUGCUCUCGUCGACAGUCCAAGGCCGGCAGGGCUCGCCGCCAAUUGGCGACGGUGCUGCUGCUGCCAUCGCGGCGAGGGCAGCUGCGCGGGAAGGCCGGUUCGACGGCGAUGCAUUGGCGCAGGUCCAUGCCUCGCGCAAGAGCCGGAACAAGAAGAAGAAGAAGACGCGCCAGCGGUCGGAUAGGGCAUCAUCGCACGAGCCGAGCGGCUCGUCGUCGCAGCCCUCGCCACCCACGGCCGAGCUGUCACUGUCUGGUGGCUCGUCGUCAGGCUCGCCGCCGCUGGGGAGCUCGUCACGGUCACGGUCACCGCUGCCGAUCACGGCGUCGGCGUCGUCGUCGUCACAUCCGGCCUCGCCUUCGCGAUCGCCGCCGUCGCCAUCGUCCGACCGCGAGCCAGCGCCGGCCGAGACACAGCAGCGUGUGCCUGCAGUGGCAACAACAACAGCACCAGCACCAGCGCCAGCAGCUCCCGCUGCGCCCGACAACGACGCGUUGUGGGACGCCGAGAGCGUGGCCAUGCGCUCGUCAGGCCUUGUCUCGCCGCUGGUGGAGAGCGAGCGGCUCUCGCCGUCGGCCGGCUCGGGCUCGGGCUCGGGCUCGAUUGUCAUUUCAUCAACUCAGAGCUCGGCGCUCCGGCGGCAGCGGUCGUUCUCGACCAAGACUGCGCUCAUGCUCGGAGCUGUUGGCAUUGCGUCGCCAUCGUCUAAGAUGAUGUCGUCGGAGCCGCGGAUGCUGAGCGAGAUGGGGGGCGGGGCGUCGUUUUCGUCGCUCUCGUCGCUUGACGCGACGUCGGCGGCAGGGAGCGGGCCAUGCGGAGGGCCGACCGAGUGUGCGCGGUGCGGCGAGGGAAAAGCGGCUGGAAGCGCAGUGUGCAGUGGCGAGAGUACCGCCGACGGCAAGCCGCGCGAGCUGCGCGCUGCCGAGCACAUCUCGCCAACCGAGCUAGUCUCACUCAUGCGACAGCUGCAAGCCGAGGGCGAAGAGUUCCGGCUGCUGCUCAUUGACAUGCGGUCGUUCUUCAUCCACGAGCGUAACCACAUUGUCGACUCGGUCAACAUCUCGCUCCCGCGCGCUCUCACGUCCAAGAACAUCACGCUCGACCGAGUUGAGGUUCUCAUCACGUCCGAGGCCGGCAAGUCGUCGUUCCGCGAUCGCGCCAUGCGCACCGUGGUCAUCUACGACGAGCACACCCGCGACGACGGCGAGCGGCCGGCAGACUCGCUGGUGCGACUUCUGGUCGAAGAGGGUGAGGUCGGCAACGUGUUCCUCCUUGCUGACGGCUUUGCCAACUUUGAGUCGCUGCACCCGGACAUGUGCGCCAAGCAGCAGGCGACCUGGCUGGAGACGUCCUCGGACGAGGAGUCGCCAGCCUUGUCGCCAUACGUGGUGCGGAUGGUGGCGCCGACGGCAGCGGCUGCCUUUGCGGGCUCAACCAACUUGACGUCGUCGAUGGUGGCAGCGGCCGCCGGCGCCGGCGCCGGUGGUGUGCUCGGCGGCGGCGGCGGGCGCGACUCGUGCUACCCGUCUGAGGUCAUCGACGGCCUCCUGUACCUCGGCUCUGAGCGAAACGCAUCCAAUCUGCGAUCGCUGACGCUUCUCAACGUCGAGUGCAUUCUCAACAUGGCCUCCGAGUGCAAGAACCACUUUCCCAUGCACUUUGAGUACAAGUCAAUCGACAUCUUUGAUGAUCCCGACGUGGUCAUCGACGGCUACCUCGACGACGCCGCUGGCUUUAUCCACGCCGCUGUCUCGGCCGGGCGCGCCACCUUUGUGCACUGCUACAUGGGCAUUUCGCGCUCGGCCACGGUGACGCUUGUCUACCUCAUGAAGCACCGCGGAAUGACGCUGCAGGCCGCAUACGACCUGCUCAAGGCGAAGCGGCCCAAGGUCUGUCCCAACUCGGGCUUUAUGGCGGCCCUCAUUCGCUACGAGCGCAAGCUCUUUGGCUCGGUCUCGCUCGAUGCUGACGAGUACGCACCGUUUCUCGCCAUGGACGCCACGGUCCCAUCAACGCCGCGUGCGGCAGAUGUCGACUCGCCCAAGGCCGCGUUUGCGUUUCCCGAGGUGGCCUUUGACGACGGUGACGACUCGUCGUUCUCGCCCUCGUUUGACGCCGACGCCGACGCAGAGCUCGAGCGCGCCGCCAAGUUUGAGGACGCCGCACAUGCCCACAUGGACAAGCGUCGCGGCGGCCGCAAGGCCCGCCGCCGCCUCCCGUCCAAGUCGACUACCAUCUCAGCCGGGACCCCGGGCGGCGCGGCCUCGCGCAAGCCUCUCCCCCUCGCUGUCCCAUCUCCAGCUCUCGCUCCAGCUCCAGCAGAAGUCACCGCUCCUGCGCCCGAGCCGCGGCGGCCCGCCGUCCCGCUCAAGAAGAGCUCCUCGCGCCCAAGCCUGGUAGUCGCCGCGCCGUCGUACGUUCCGCCGCCGGUUACUCCGCGCGGCGGCUCUGCUGGCGCCUUUGCCUUUGAAUGAUUGGCCUGCUGGUUGCCAGCUGUUCCCUUCAGCAAACACACAGACUCGUA